UACCCACAAACUUGUGAAAGCCCUGAUCACUCAUGUACGUGACGUGACACCACUCAUCGUUCCUUCACUGAUGCUCGCUGAAGUUCCAUGUAAUCUUUGACGACGAGCUUGAAGCCGACCAUGACGUAGAAGAGGAUGAAAUGGAGGAGCCUAUCCUCGAGGAGGACGAAGAAGAGGAGAUAGACUCUCCAGCUGCGGGCGACGAGUCAUAAACCAUGGACGCUCAUGUAUACCGUCACACCUAACCCCUUCAUCUACAACGGACUCAUUGUUAUCAUCAUAAUCCUUUUGCAUUCCGUUCUCUGGGUCACCUACGACCGUUCGCGGAUAUCUAUCAUGGACAUUGUACAGUACCACACUCCCACAGUAUUCUCCCUGCUCAUCCUGACGCUCUUUUUGGCUUCAUCCAUUGUUUUUAUUUCCAUUACUCGUGACGUUUCUGGUCUGCGUAAAAUUACUGUAAAGCAGUCUAGAUGCUCUCGUAGCACUGUCCUAAUCUUCAUCCCAGUCACUUGCUUGUUGAGGGGUGAUGCUGAAUGUCGAUUGAUCCCAUCCUCGAACUGGGUUUGAUAGUAGUGGUGCAAUGGCAUGAAGUCCGAGGCACACGAAUACGCGAC